UUCAGGCCAUUACAUCUGUGCACACACAAUGCCAUCACUCAUGGGGUCUACAGGAUACCAGACAACAACUCACAUCUGCAGAUGAAUGUCCUGGUUUCUUUCAUGCCAGCUGGUUAGCAAACAUCCUGUUUAUUGCUUCCCAGCCCACUCCUCCCCCACAUUAUUUUCACCAACUGUGUGGAGUCAUCAGAAGGAGUUGGUGCCUCCAGAUGUGUGACAGGGGUUGAUGCAAGUGCCAGCUCUUAACUUUGAGAAGACAUAUUUGGGUGUUGUUGGCCUGCAGAAAAGACUGCAGCCAUCAUGUCGAGGAAACAGACGUCCAAACCCGUACGGAGCAACAAAAAGAGUGAAUUGGAACGAAAGAGGGAUGAGCGAGCCGCGAGACGAGCCAUCGUAAAGGACCGCAAGAACCGACCCCAGGAUUGUGAUGAGGGAGCAGAGUUUGUCAGCUUUUCCAAUCAGCUGCAGGCACUCGGACUAAGGCUGAGAGAAGUCCCUGGAGACGGGAACUGCCUGUUCAGAGCUCUAGGGGAUCAGUUAGAGGGCCACUCCAGGGGUCACCUGCGUCUACGACAGGAGACUGUCCAGUUCAUGAUGUCUCAUCGACAAGACUUCGAACCCUUUGUGGAGGACGAUGUUCCAUUCGCACAGCACUUGUCCAACCUCUCUCAACCCGGUACAUUCGCUGGCAACGAUGCUAUCGUUGCCUUCGCUCGCAGUCAACAGGUGAAAGUGGUCAUCCAUCAGCUCAACACACCGCUAUGGGAGAUAAAUGGCGUAGAGAAGCAGUUGUCCAGAGAGCUACACAUUGCCUACCGGUACGGGGAUCAUUAUGACAGUGUGAGGCGGACCGGGGACAACUCAGAGAGUCCUGCUCAGCUUCGCAUCGAGAAUCUGCAGAACUCACGAGGCCAGCAGCGUGAGUUCGGUGACGGUCAGAGGGACAGACAGAAAAAUCCGUCUCCCACAGCUUCAGAAGAGGACAAUGUGAUCCUAAGCUCCAUCAAGAACCGAGGAAUCCAGGGUGACGAGGAGAACCUGCUUCAGCUGAGUGCAGCAACCAUCAACGCUGAGUGGCUUGUUGGCUCCAUGCUGGGUCAGUCCUGCCAGGGCCAGUGUGACUCAGGAUCAUGUGCAGCCUGCAGAGCUGCAACCCCAGACUGCAGUGAGCAAAAACAGCCAGCAGAGGGCAGCAAUGUGCAAAAACCAAAGGUAUCGAACAAGCAGAGGAAAGAACAGCAGCGGCAAGAAAAGAAGAAGCGUCAGGAGGACAGGCAUCGUCAAAAGUUCCUCCAGAGUAAAGGGGGUCAGGACCAGAACCAGAACCUGCCAGAUGCUGUUACUUUAGUACCAGCUCUCAACACGCUCAGUAUAUAAACUGGAGCAUGGCCAAAAUAACCUUCUGCUACUCUAGCUACCGGUGGCUGAUGCUAUCCACAACGUUUUGCACAUAGUCAGAAUCGAUUCAGUCACAGUGGGUGACUUUUCCUGAAGACAACCCUAUAGUUUCUUUGCAAACGGUAUAACAGUGCCUGCAAACUUGUGUGUGUGGCUGUGUGUGUGUGGGUGUGUGUGAGAGAGGUGUGUGAAAGAGAGAGUGAAAGAGCAUGACUUUCAGUGUUCCGAGGUGUUGGUUGAGCUCAAUCUCUGGCUGGUGAUGGUAAAAGUUGAAACUCCUCACUUCUGGUCUACCUACCACGCUACCUGGCCCUUUCUAGGCAGGACAACCGGCUGUCCAUGAUAAUCGUGCAGAUACCCUCAAGCUGCGGGGCUUUUUGAUUUGCCACAGAACGCGUUCAUUCAGAUGUUCAGAUCAGUCUGUUUUUUUUUUGAUCUGACCAAAGAACAAAGUGGUGGAGUGGAAGAUGAAUGAUUGUUAUGCACACUGUGUAUGAAAUGUGGCAAUAAAUAAUAUGAUAAAUGAU